CUCUUCCCCGUUCCUUGCAACCCACAACCAUCCCCGAUAAUGUCUGUCGUUGCAACUCUCAAGGGCGACAUGCCGCAGCAAGUACGAUCACUCUACCGCCAAUUAUUACGGCAAGGCGAGCAAUUCGCCGCGUACAACUUCCGCGAGUAUGCCAAGCGACGGACGAGGGAUGCGUUCCGAGAGCACAAGGAUGAGCAGGAUCAGCGAAAGGUGCAGGAGCUGGUUCAACAUGGUUUGAAGGAGCUUCAGGGCAUGAAGAGGCAAACAGUCAUUAGCCAGUUCUACCAACUGGACCGGUUAGUUGUCGAGGGUGGGAUCUCGGGCAAGCAGACGGGCAAGCAUGGAGGGAUCGUGAGGCAGAAGGAGCAGGGUUACGACUGAACGAACCGAAGCACGACGACAUCUUCCAUCCAACUCAAAUAAAAAUCCAAGAGACGAAUCGAGUGUACAGUAGGACUUUGGGGAGCUAUGUAUAUGUAUCGGAUACCACACAAGGGGUUUGAGGGCGACGGCGGACCGUGAGGGCUGCGCCGAACCUGAACAAGGAGGGUGCAUCACGGUUGGGGACAUUAACGUUAGACGGCGAAUCUCAAUUCUUCCUGGCUUGGCUUCUCUACUACUUGAAGGUCUAUUGCUGUGCUUGGCUGAGCUUGCUUCGGCUUGCUGUGGUUGCCGGCCAUUGCAUCCCCGGUUUCAGUGUGCCCCUCGAGGACGGGAGUGACAGUACGACGACAACAGCGUAGGACAUAAUGACCCCAACUCCUCUG